CAGGUCUCGGGCCCUCAGCGGAGCGGCGGGCGCCGGAACCCCCAUGGCGGAGCGACAGGUCUGGGCCCUCAGGCGGAGCGGCGGGCACCGGAUCCCAUGGCGGAGCGACAGGCGGGGCGGCGGGCCCACCGAGUCACCAGGCACAACCGUGGGCUCCGAGGUCAACUGGGGGAUGACCGCUUGGCACUGGGUCAGAUCAUUCGGAUCGUCUGGCUGGACAGCGGGCACUGGGUCACCAGGCAUCAGGUCAUUUGGCUCGACAGCGGGCACCGCGUCAUCUGGCAAGACAGUGGGCUCCGAGUCAACAGGCACGACAGUGAGCACCGGGUCAUCAGGUACGGGAUUGUCUGGCUCGACAGCGGGCAUUCGGGUCACCCGGUAUGACAGCGGGCAC